AGCGAUGCGCGCUCCCGCGACAGGCCACGCGCUUCUCGGCGUAACACCUGCUGGGUUGAGACUCUUCCUGAAGUCGUGAGGUAUCCCUCCGCGCCGCUCACACUGAGCAUGUCCUCCGCUCUAACUCGUCAUGUGAUCUGGCAGUCCGAGGGGCUGGUGGCUUACCUGAACCCCCGGCCCUGGACCCCGGGCUCCGUGAUCCUGGAGAGCAGCGCUCCGGGCAGCGCAGGAGGCAGCAUCUUCCACCUCGGCGAGUCCGAGUGCUCGACCUGGCUGCUGGGGGCGAGGACCGUCGCUGAGCUGCUGUGUGACGGGCUGGGUGUUCGGCGGUGUGCUCUGGUCAGCAGACCCCACAGAGACAGACCUGCUCAGAUCCGUAUCCUGCCCCUCCACGGUCUGGACGCAGAGUGGCGCCCCCACCUGGCCGGAGAAGAGGAGCACAACGCUCACGACCCGGGAUACUGCACCUCCAAAACGGCUCCUCGAUGGAGCGACUCCAGCCUGACCGACGUUCAGAGCCGAAUCAGGGCGAGGCUGCCGCUCCCCGACGCGCCGCCGGACCUCACGUUCCUGGGCGACGACCCGGCUCACGCCGGCCUCUUCUCGCGCAUCGUCCGAGGGGAGGAGAAGCAGUGGCGCGUGUGGGAGGACGAAAGCCACGUCGCCUUUCUCACUCCGUUCCCCAACUCCCCCGGCUUCACCGUGCUGGUUCCGCGGCGACCUCUGACCUCUGACAUAUUCCGACUGCAGAGAGGGGACUACGAAGCGCUGGCGUCGGCCGCCAGGAAGGUGUCGCUGCUCUUGGAGGAAGGACUCGGCGCCUGGGGGGUGGGGCUCAUUUUCGAGGGCUUUGAAAUCGACUACGCUCACGCCAAGCUGAUCCCGCUGCCGUCACCAUCACCAUCAGGGGAAGGAAACGAAGCCGCCACGCCUCGCUCCCCGCACUUCCACCCCACUUACCCGGGUUAUGUCACGUCAGAGGACGGGCCUGAAGCUGACCCGGAGAACCUGAAGGAGCUGCAUGCUAAAAUUACUGCUGCUUAAUGUCGCUGCGUUCAACUCAAGGUUGUUUUUUUUUUUUACCAAUCACAAAAAUGUGCUUGUUUCCCGUCAGCCAAGCAUGUGAACAAUAUAAAUCAUCAAGCAAGUAUUUUGUCUCUCCAUCAAAAACAUCGACUUUUAAUUCAGAAAUCUGAUUAAAAUAAUGUGAAUAUUAACAUUCCAGUAAAUUUAAAAAUCUUUACAAAUGAGACUCCAGCGUAUGUAUUUUAAAUAGCUUCUUAUUUAAAAUAAAUAAACAAAACUCUUGGUACUGAUGAUACAUUUUUAGACAAACUGAUAACUAACUUCAUCAUAUAUUCAACACAAAAGUUGCACACGUACAAUAAAUGAAACAAAACAAAAAAAAACAGUUAUUAUAGAGAAAUUCACACAUUAUUAAAUUGAAUAAACCAGACGGAUAAUUGCUUGCAGUGCCACAUAUUUCCUGGAAUAUUUACUUCCUGACGUAUUUAGCUAAUCAUCUUGCAUAAACUGUGUAACCGCUCAUUACAUCACUGCUAAUUGGUUCCACUGAGCUUUUCUUGCUUUGGGGCUAAAUUAAUUAGGUCCUAAGUGCCCAUUAAGUGUUUUGUAAACCCCACACAGCUUUAGAGUUUCAUUAAAAAUAAAAAGAGCUUAAGAGUUUCCGUAGCAACCAGCUGAUAAAUUUAAACACCUGCGAGAGAAAGGUAUAUUUAAACGAGCUGCAAGAUAUGAUUAAACUUUUAAAACUCAGUUGUUUAAUAGAAAGCCUUUAAUGUUUUUAAACAUUUUAUUUGAUGUACAACUUUUUUUUUUCUUUUUUUUGCUAAUUCAAAUUAGCUACAAUUGUUGCUAUCGCUGGUACAGAGGCAUCAAAGAGUUAAAAGUGAUUUACUCUUUUAUGGCAGCAGCAAAAUCUGAAAAUGAGCCAUUUAGUAAUGAAUGAGUCCAGUCUUUUCAAUGGAAAAAACAAAUACAUUUUUUAAUUAUUCUGUUCAAAUAUGA